AUGGAAAGAAUUAAGAUCACACAACAAUAUACUGAAUUCGGGAUAGGAUCUAUUUCUCAGAGAAGAUUUGAAUCCAAUGAAGAAGAAGAUCAGCUGGUUUUGUGUCCUGGUGUUAGACUAAAUGUAAUGGGUGAUACGUUGGGCCAGCAUUAUAAUCCUCAUCAUCAAGUUGUUUUGGAAUGUGGUUCAGAUAUGAUUAUUAUGGGUUGUGGGAUGUAUAUAAAUGUUGUUGAAUAUAACAAGGUUCUUAAACAGACAUCAAGGUAA